AUGGCGAGCGAUAGUGCCGACGAUAUAAACGUCGGCGUCACACUUUGUACCGUUCUGCUUCUUCCAGGCGAUCUGGAGCGAAAUGCCCAGUACAGUGAGUAUGAGAACUAUGCCCUUAUGCUUCAACACUUCGUUCAGUCUUUUGAGAACAGGGAGAGGCUUGCCGAGAUGAAAAGGGAGGUCUCCAGCCUCCAAAAGACCAAUAAAGGCCUCCAGUCAAAAAUGAAGAAGCUGGAAGACCAAGCUGAGGAAGCCAUCAAGGCUCAGACCGAAGCCGACGAAAAGGCUGAGGCUGCUGAGGCCAUUAGGAAGGUGGCCAAAUCGCAAAGGAGAGAGGCCGAGGAAAAAAUGGCCCAAGCUGAAAAGGAGCUUCAGAAGGCCCUGGCCACCAAAGAAGUUGAAAUCAAAGAUGCUGACGAAAAGGCGUACUCACAGGGUAUGGCCGACGUUACUGAGGCCUAUGAAAAACAAGUGAAGGAGGCCGACACCAUUCCUUUGCCAUUUCCUCCAGCCCUAACUCCGAGUGAAGAUAUCGGCGAAUCUGAUGCUGAGGAUGAGGCCAAGGAGGAAGAGGACGAGGCAGAGUGUCAUUCUUAUAAAGAGUAA